AUAUUUGAUGUAAAGCUGCGUUCUUGCUGAAUAUUUUUUAGCAUGGCCAGAUAUUUGAGACCUCCAAAUACAUCUCUUUUCAUCAGAAACAUUUCCGAUGAAUCCAGAAAAUGUAAAGGCAUCCAGUUGUUGUGGAGCCUGGAGAAAGAGAAAGAGUAAGAAUGUCCGGUGUAGAGUAGAUCUAAAGACAAGCAGCAAAAGACGGCCAGGAUGACAAGAAACAGAGAGAGGGAAAGGUUGAAAAAGAAAGAGAAUUUAAAGCUUGAAGAGACAGAGGGGACGGAGUCGAGGCUUGGAUAUGUCGUCAAAAGAAAGAGGAAAAGGGAAGAGAUUAAAGGGCAAAGACAAGCAGGAAACCCAAGUUCUUCUGGGAGGCGGUUAAAGAGCUUAAAGAUCAAGAUGAAAGUCAAAGUCAAGCAUGUUUAAGGUAACAAACCUGAAUUAUUUUUUUGAAGAUGUGCGCGACGCAGAAGAUGCUCUUCACAACCUGGACAGGAAGUGGGUGUGUGGCCGACAGAUUGAAAUCCAGUUUGCGCAGGGAGACCGAAAGACACCCAAUCAGAUGAAAGGGAAGGAGGGGGGAUCUUCGCGCAGCUCUUCGCGGCAUGAUGAUCGGGAUUAUGAUCGGGACAGCCGUCGUAGGCGCUCUCGCAGCCGUAGCUACCAAAGACGCAGGUCACGCAGCCCAUCCUACGAUCGCCGGCCCAGACGCUCUGAGAGUCCCAGAGACUCCCGUGGAAGGAUGUACGGCGGUAGAGGAAGAAGCAGGAGUCCGGAAAAUGACAGGCACAGACCCCACCCACGUGACCACCGACGACCCCCCCCUGGGCAUUCCCCUCACAGUCAAUCCCGCUCCCCUUCUCACUCUAGGCCCAGGGCCCAGAGGGAGUCCAGAGGAAAGUCUCGUUCCCGCUCGAAGUCCCUAAGCCCACAAGAUGGCGACUUCCACCCAGCACCCGGUGGCUAUGAGCCUCAGGACGAGGCGUCGUCUCGUAUGCGCUCCCCGUCCCGCUCGCGUUCUCGCUCACGGUCCCGCUCUCGCUCCAGGUCCUGGACUGGGCGCAAGUCAGGGGGACACUAAAACAUGUUUGUUGGAUCCUUUUUACUGUAGUCGUGUCCAUAAUGGCUUGCUGGAUAAUUGAAUGUUCAUGGAACGGUCAUUGGUUGGUUUGUUUGUGAAAAUGAUCGUCCUUUGUAGUUUUUUUGCUUUGUUUAAAAAAAGGAUGACAAAAGAGAAACACUAUAUCCUUCUGUUUAAAUCAGUCCCAGAAAUAUUUACACACCCUCUGUUUCUAGUCAUUAUAUCAUAUACUGAGUGUACGAAACAUUAGGAAUAGCUUCCUAAUAUUGAGUUGCACCCCCUCCCCCCUUUUGCCCUCAGAACAGCCU